CUCCCCAUGCCAGAGAGCCUCACCAGGCCUGUCUACCUUUGCUUGACCCUCCCUGGGGGGGUCCCAGUGCUGCCUGCACCUGCAGGCUGGAGAGGCCCCUCAGGAACUGGACCUGGUGGGGGGGGUAACUGCAGGCAGCUGGGUCAGCUUCCUGGCUUCGUCAGCAAAUUUGCAUGAGGCGGCUCCUCCACACUGGCCCCGUUUCCCACCUGGGACAGUCCUCUGGUUGAGGUUCUGCAGCAGGUGGAGGCGGCAGUAGCCCUGCAAACGUGGAUCUGUGCCUGUCUCCCUAUUCCUGAGGUGAUGCCCCGAGCCUUCCUGGUCAGGAGCAGGCGUGUGCAGCCACCCAACUGGGGCCACCUGCCUGACCAGCUCCGGGGCGAUGCCUAUGUGCCAGACUGCAGCAGCCUGGGGGUGCUGCCGCCACGCCAGUCCGCCAGCCUCGUGGACUCCUGGGCAGCGCCCACACAGGGCACCUUGGCCUCUGCUCCUAGAGGCCCUGAGACACUUGGCUGUCCACUCUGCCCCAAAGCCUUCCCGCUGCAGCGCAUGCUGACACGCCACCUCAAAUGCCACAGCCCAGCACGGCGCCAUGUAUGCCACUGUUGUGGCAAAGGCUUUCAUGAUGCCUUUGAUCUCAAGCGCCACAUGAGGACUCACACUGGGAUCCGGCCCUUCCGCUGCGGCGCUUGCGGGAAGGCGUUCACCCAGCGCUGCUCCCUGGAAGCGCACCUGGCCAAGGUGCAUGGGCAGCCAGCCAGCUACGCCUACCGCGAGCGCCGGGAGAAGCUGCAUGUGUGCGAGGACUGCGGCUUCACCAGCUCCAGGCCGGAGGCCUACGCGCAGCACCGCGCCCUGCACCGCCCUGUCUGAUGCACUCACUCGAUGGGCAUCCCACCACGAGGCAAAUACAUGAACCAAACCGGGGUGCAGAACCUGCCCUUUAUUACCCGCGGCGCCCGGUGGGGUGGUCACUCGGUCCAGCGGUGGCC